AUGCGGCAAGACACAUUACUUCUGGCAAGUGUAAAGUACAUUAUGACGUAUGUUCGCAAACAAAUCGGUUGCUUGUGCGAUGGGAAACUCCUGCAGCCAUCAUCGACACCACAUCAACGGAGGACGUCAUCCACAUGCAUCGUUGACGUGCCGCGCAGCAGUAAUUUCCGCUCAGCUUUACAUCGGGUUAUCAGUAACAGCGCUUCCCUCCUUCUCAACACAUGGGUUACCCAUCACACAUUAGUUAUGGUGCUCUGGAAGAGUAUACCCCGCCGCAGGGGCACUGAAACACACACACACACACAUAUAUAUAUAUAUAUAUAUAUAUAUACCCCUUUUUUCUAG